AUGCGAGCAAGGGACGACGCGCCAAUGGAGAGUAGGAUGAUCGCUGCCGCCCGUCGCUUCUUCUUCUUCGACUCGUCUUCUUCCUCGCUUCUGCUCUGCCUCCUGCUCUCGCUCCUCUCAGCCAACAAUGGCAUUGUAUCGGCGGCGACGGCGCCACUCAAGUUCGGCAUCAACUACGGCCAGAUAGCGAACAACCUCCCGCACCCGGCGCAGGUGUCCGGCCUCCUCCGGUCGCUUAACGUCAACAGGGUCAAACUCUACGACGCCGACCCGGCCGUCCUCACGGCCUUCGCCGGCACAGGCGUCGAGUUCACCAUCAGUAACGGGGAUCUCCUCAACAUGUCCGACGCCCGCAACGCGCGCGCCUGGGUGGCGCAGAACGUCCAGCCCUUCCUCCCGGACACCCGCAUCACCUGCGUCAUCCUCGGCAACGAGGUGCUCUCCGGCACCGACGCGGCCGCCAUGCAGAGCCUCCUCCCCGCCAUGCAGGCCGUGCACCAGGCGCUGGUGGACCUGGGCCUCGACGGCCAGGUGAACGUGUCGACGUCCCAGUCCGUCAACGUGCUCGCCAACAGCUACCCGCCGUCGGCUGGCGUGUUCCGGGAGGACCUCGCGCAGUACAUGCGGCCGCUGCUGGACUUCCUCGCCGAGGUCGGCUCGCCGUUCCUGAUCAACGCGUACCCGUUCUUCGCCUACAAGGCCAGCCCCGGGAGCGUGUCGCUGCCGUACGUGCUGUUCGAGCCCAACCCCGGCGCGCAUGACCCCGGCACCAACCUCACCUACGACAACAUGCUCUACGCCCAGAUCGACGCCGUGUACGCGGCCAUGGAGGCCAUGGGGCACAAGGACAUCGCCGUGCGGAUCUCUGAGACCGGGUGGCCGUCCGCGGGGGACGCCGACGAGGUGGGCGCCACUAUACAGAAUGCCGCCACCUACAAUGGGAACCUGAUGAAGAGGGUCGCGGCGGGCCAGGGGACGCCGCUCAGGCCGGAUGUGCCCGUGGACGUGCUCGUCUUCGCCCUCUUCAACGAGAACAUGAAGACCGGGCAGGCAUCCGAGAGGAACUACGGGCUGUUCUACCCCAACGGCACGUCGGUGUACGACCUCGGGUUCGGCGGGGCGUCGUUCGGCCCGUCGUCGCCGACGGCGUCGGGGUUCUCCGCUUCUUCCAAGCCGACGUUGCAGAUGCCUUUUCCGGUCGGGGUGGUUGUCCUGCUUGCAGCAUUUCUCUUGUAA